GGGGCUUGAAGACAGAGGCACGCAAAGCUCCAGUACGACUUUCUUUGCCUGAUGGCAUUUAGCCCAAUCAGCGUAGCGUCCCGCAGUACGGACUCUCUCCAGCAGCGGUCUCCUUAUCAGCCCCACAACUGUCGGCAGAGAGCUUUUGGAAGUGAGAGUGCCAAUUGACUUCGUCAUCCAGCCAGUCAACAAUCCAAUUUUUUCACCAUGAAGUUCUGUAGCGCACUUCUGACGAUCUUUUCAGUAUGCGUCGUGGCCGAUGCUUUCGUCCCACGCUCUCGCCCAGCCCUGAUGCGAGGAGGCGGCCUCAGCCCUUUCAUGUCUGCUACUGCCGAGGAAAAAGACACCAAGGACGAGAAGUCUGAUGGCAAGAAAGCAGGCAAGGAUGCCCCACCAACACACCUCGGAUGGAACACACACAAUCCAGUGAGCGAAGCACCUAGCUCACUCGUCCGAGAAAUGGAUGGUGGCCCAGAUGGAAACUACCCUAUGCGAUCCAAAUUCGAAAAGAUGUGCCGUGAUGCACAAAUCGCCAUCACAAAGGCAAUUGAAGAAAUUGACGGAGAAGGACAAUUUAAGGAGGAUUGCUGGACACGCGAGAACGGGGGAGGUGGUAUCUCUCGCGUUUUGGCUGGAGGAAAGGUCUUUGAAAAGGCCGGAGUCAAUCUUAGUGUAGUCUACGGGUCCAUGCCUCCAGAGGCUUUGCAGGCCGCCACUGAGAGAGGUGUCGACCGAGCCAAGGGAAUGGCUCCUGGCGAACGUGUCCCCUUCUUUGCUUGUGGGCUUAGCAGUGUCAUGCACCCCAAAAAUCCCUUCUGUCCCACCAUGCACUUCAAUUACCGAUACUUUGAAACUGAUGGAGGUGUCUGGUGGUUUGGCGGCGGUACCGAUAUCACUCCCUGCUACAUUAACGAAAAGGAUAUGAAACACUUCCAUGGAACCUAUAAGGAAAUCUGCGACAAGCAUGAUCCUAAAUACCACGAAGAAUUCAAGGCCUGGGCCGAUCGCUACUUCGUCAUCCAACACCGAAACGAAACUCGUGGUUUUGGUGGUAUCUUCUUCGACGAUCAAAAUGAUCGCGAGCCCGACACUAUCUUUGAAUUCAGCAAGGAAUGCUUGAACAAUGUCAUCAACGCCUACGGGCCCAUCAUUGAGGAGCACAAGGACGAUGAAUACACCCAGAAACAAAAGGAGUGGCAACUCAUGCGUCGUGGACGAUAUGUUGAAUUCAACUUGGUCUACGACCGUGGAACUGUUUUCGGACUCAAGACUGGAGGAAGAAUCGAGAGUAUCUUGAUGAGUCUGCCUGAAACAGCACGAUGGGAAUACAACGCUGUUCCGGAACCGGGCACACCCGAAGCAGAUUUCUUGGAUGCUUGCACGUUCCCAAGAACUUGGGUUUAAAUUUUAUUCAUAAACUUUAGGAAAUGAGAGAGCUGCAAACUUCGCAUUGUGUGUUUUGCUCGUUGGCGGUCUUGGUGAGUGGAGGCGAUGACAAGUCAGCAUGAAGAGGUUGAAAUCUGAUUGAAUUGAACAAGCAGGUUGGUGUGAAUCUUAGAGAAUGCUCGGUCUACAGCUGCUGAAUGAUUCAAUCCAUCUAUUUGGUCAUGUCAAUACACAGCUGAUAAUGCUAUUAAUAGUUUACGAGUCUCCACCUGC